GGUUUCUGUCGUGUGAUUAUGAGUGAAGUUGAGGGUCAGCAGGGCAGACUGAGUCUCUAAACAGAUCGAUAGCGGUGUGGAGCUGAACGCUGUGGCAGAGCAAAGCUCACACAGAAACACAGUCAGCGCUCACGCAGGACUUUGAGGGACUAAAACAGACGGUGAAAUCAUGUCAGCUUUCGGCACGAGUAAGACGGCGGUGCGUCGCACCAGAGGACGGACAGAAGGCCAGUGUCCCACAGAGAACGGCUCCAUCAGACAGCAUGAUAAUCACACAAAUAUGAGCGAUAUAACACUGAGAAAGGAAGACAUGGAGAGGAUGAAAGCGGAGCUGAUCCAAAACGUUCAGUCUCGUCUGAAUGAGCUGCUGGAGCGAGCGCUGUCAGACUCCAUGCAGUCGCUCUACAGAAACACACACACACACCCGGAUCACACACACACCCACGACAGGCACAAACUGGAUCAGGGGAAGGUGUUUGUGGCCCGAUGCUCUCUGCUGGAUGAAUUAUUUGAGAUCAGUCACAUCAGGACCAUUUAUCACAUGUUCAUCGCUGCUCUCCUCCUGUUCAUCAUCAGCACUUUAGCAGUGGACUACAUCGACCAGGGCAGGCUGGUUCUGGACUUGGAUCUGUUUUAUUACGCGUUCGGUCAGCUGGGGACGGUUGUAUGGGCCUGGACGCUCAUGUUCUCAUACACUCUGCUCGGCCCGUAUCACGUUCUGAGUGCCUGGGCUUCACUCAAUCACGGCCGCGGCUGGAGGACGUGUGUGUCCGCGGUGGCAGCGCUAACGCUGUGUGCCGCUCAGACGAGCAUGCUGGGAAUAUUUCCAGUGUUUGUCGUCCUGCAUUAUCAGCUGCCGGCCGCUUCACGAUUCAUCAUCAUAUUAGAACAGAUCAGAUUUGUGAUGAAGAGCUACUCGUUUAUCCGUGAAACCACAGCAGCCGUUCUCAGGAACACACCGCAGAAGGGUGAACCCCUGCGAUAUCCGUCCCUCUCCAGCUAUCUGUACUUCUUGUUCUGCCCGACUCUGAUCUAUCGGGAGGUUUAUCCUCGAAACACACACAUCAGAUGGAACUACGUUGGCAAGAACUUUCUGAAGAUCUUGGCCAGUCUGUUCUAUCUGUACUUCAUCCUGGUGCGAUUGUGCAUCCCUGUGUUCAGAAACAAGAGCAACCAGCCGUUCAGUACACGCACAUUCAUCCUGGCGCUCUUCCACGCCGCUUUUCCAGGGAUGCUCAUAUUAAUGUUGGGUUUCUACGCCUUUCUGCACUGCUGGCUCAAUGCUUUCGCUGAGAUGCUGCGCUUCGCUGACCGGAUGUUUUACAAGGACUGGUGGAACUCGACGUCUUUCGCUAAUUACUAUCGCACAUGGAACAUCGUCGUACACGACUGGCUUUAUUACUACGGCUACAGAGACUUUCUCUGGCUGACGGGUCAUAAGCUCCGAUCCGUCGCCACGCUCUCGGUUUUUGCGGUUUCUGCAUUAGUUCAUGAAUACGCCUUCACCUUGGGCUUCGGAUUCUUCUACCCGGUGAUGUUCUGCACGUUCGCGGGCAUCGGUGUGGUGUUCAACUUUGCCAUGAACGACAAGCGGAAGAGCCCGGUGUGGAACAUCAUCAUGUGGACGUGUCUGUUCAUCGGUCAGGGCGUGCAUGUGUGCCUGUACUGUGUGGAGUGGUACGCUCAGAUCCAGUGCCCUCGCACCGGGACGAGUUUCUGGGAGCUGGUGACGCCGCGAUCGUGGACGUGCUACCAGUGACAUCUGCAAACACCAGCUCUUCAUCAUCAGCCACGACACAUUAUGAAAUAUAUUAUAUUACAUAACUUACGAAAUGACUUCAUGAAGCACAUCAGCCUCUCUGCAAAUGCUUUUUACUUUAAUUGAAUGUUGAUUUUAACUUAAUGACUGUAUGCAUGUAUGUAUGUGUAUAAUAUAUAUAUAUAUAUAUAUGAAUGUAACAAUGCACAAUAUUAAAAGUUAUAAAUGCCUUUACAUUGGUAAAACCAUGGUGAUUUAAGCUUACAAAACACGGUAAAUACACCCCAGCAAACAGAGCUGUACUACUAGAAACAGCUUAUUAUUAUAUUCUCUAUCUAAGUUAUAACAAACAAUAUUUGUCAAGAGUAACACGAUACACAAAUAAUUUCAAAUUGGCAAGUUAAAUAUUGCAUUAAACAUGAAAAUUUUAAAGACCGAAAUAGCAAACUGCAAACUGUAUUUGUCAUGAAUUUUAGAUUUUCUCAAGAAAUAAACAAUGUAAAUAGUACAUUUCUGAAAUAAUUACAAUAAUUGCACUACAUUAAAAUUUUUUAUUUAAAUAGAAAGACUGAAAUAGUGUUGUUAAAUGUACUUCAAUAAUCUUUACAACUCAGUAAACUUUACAGCUUCAGAAUCCAAACCAGAACCCAAGACGAGGUUCUUCACUUUUCUGUAUGUUGUGGAUUUAAAUAAAGCAUUUAACAUGAAUACAGGCUUCACAUUACAGCCCCUCCGGUUUGUUUUGCCCUAUAGCCGUCUAAUUAUUAGUUCAUUACUGUACAAGCAA